GUCACGUUUUUGAAAAGAACGUGGUUGCUUUGAUUUUAAAUUUCAUCGACAUAAAGGAAACAAAACGUUCAUCGCGGUUAGCCUUUGAACCUCUGAAAUACCUGGCUGCACUUCUGUGCCACAAAAAGUUCUCAAUCGAGUUUCUCAGCAUGAAUGGUCUCCAGCAUCUUCUGGAAGUCCCUCAACCAGGCAUUGCAGCAACUGGUGUCUCAAUAUGCUUUUACUACUUAGCAUACUGUGAGGACGCCAUUGAAAGAGUGUGCUUAUUGCCCAAGGAAAUUUUUCAUGAAGUUGUUAGGUAUGGUCUAUGGUUACUAGGAUGUUCACAUGAUUCAGGCAGAUGUCACGCUACGAUGUUCUUCGGUCUUUUACUUCAAUUUCAGACCAUCCUUGAGGAGUUUGACACUCAAGUUGGACUUAGAAUCUUAUAUAAUGUUAUGAGUAUGUUACAACUCUUAUCAAACGAAGGUGAUACAGUCAACGUGUAUGUCAUGUGUGCGUCGCUCUGAAACGUUACUUACAGGCCCCUCCCU